AUGCAUGACCUCAUUCUCUCUCAUCAUUCCCUUAUUCCUAGUUUUGCUUCUUUAGGCGCUUGGUGGGAGGAUUUAAAAGUUUCAAUUCGGCGUGCCUGUGUGGACUUUUCUGUUGAGAAACGUAAGCGCUUAAAUCGGGAUCACGAUUUAUUAACUAAGCAGUUAAUCCGGGCUAAACAGUUAGUUUUUUCUGGUGAUAGCCGCUUUCUAGAUACAGUUAAUGACCUUGAAACUAAGCUCAGUUCUCUCAUUAACAAGAGUUGUGAGGGGGUUAAGAUCCGAUCGCGUGCUAGGUGGUUAGAAGAGGGUUAA